CAUCUUCGCACUUGCGCACUUCCAGCCAUGGCCCUGGACGUCGGAUGAGGAUGCACUGCACCCGGGCAGCAUCAGUACCAGAACAGUGAAAGGUUGGGUGUAUAUUCGUCGCUGAAGAGUAGAAAAGAACUCCCUUUGGACUAUUUUAACGCUGCCAUUGGCACCUUAAGCGUCCAGCAUGGGAGAGCACAAGGAGUCUCUGCGGAAGAUCAUCACCACUUUAGCUCUGAAGAAUGAUGAGAUCCAGAACUUCAUCUGCUGUCUCAAGCAAAACCUGCAGAAUUUAGAGGCCAACUCCACACGCGUGCAGGAGGACCUAGAGUCGGAGUUUAGCUCCCUACAGUCAGUGCUUGAUGAGCUGAAGGAUGGGAUGGUUACCCGCAUCAAACAGGAGCGAGCCAGCCGCACAUAUGAACUACAGAAUCAGUUGAGUGCCUGCACUAAAGCUCUGGAGAGCUCAGAGGAACUGCUGGAGCUAGCCAAUCAGACAGUAUGCUCCUCGGAGACAGAUGGCUUCACACAGGCGGCCAAAGACAUUAAGGAUAGUGUGACAAUGGCACCUGCCUUUCGUUUGUCACUGAAGGCUAAAGUCAAUGAUAACAUGAACCACAUGAUGGUUGAUUUUACCCAAGAGAGGGAGAUGCUGCAGGCAAUCAAAUUUCUCCCAGUGCCUCCAACUCCAGAGAUCUUGGCCUCUGAGUGCCAGGUGUGUGACAACACCGUGGCGGUAAUGUGGGCCUUACCAGAGCCCGACUCCAAAAUCGACCACUACAUCCUGGAGCACCGGCGCACCAACCACGAGGGACCGCCACGCGCCCGAGAGGACUACCCCUGGAUGGUGGUAGAGGGCAUCCGUGAGACUGAGCACACUCUCACAGGGCUUCGCUUUGAUACCCGCUACAUGAACUUUCGCGUGAAGGCGUGUAACAAGGCGGUGGCUGGAGAGUUCUCUGAACCGGUCACGCUGGAAACACACGCCUUCACGUUUAAACUGGACGCAGGCUCUUGCCACCAGAACCUGCGGGUGGAGGACCUCAGUGUGGAGUGGGACAGCAGUGGAGGGAAGAUCCAGGAAAUGCGCAAGGACAAGAACCGAACUAACUCGCCCAUGCAUUCCCCCGCCAGAUCUGCUAUGAUGUCUCCAAAGAGAGCCCCUUCUGCUCGAGUGGGAAGAGACCGCUUCACUGCGGAGUCGUACACAGUGCUUGGUGACAGCAUGAUUGACGCGGGACAGCAGUACUGGGAGGUGAGCUUUGACAAGGAGAGCAAGGCGUUCGCGGCCGGCGUGGCCCUGCGGUCCCUGGGCCGCUUCGACCAGCUGGGCAAGAGCAACGCCUCCUGGUGCAUCCACCUCAACAACUGGCUGCAGCAGAGCCUGACGGCCAAGCACAACAACAAGGCGCGCGCGCUCGACUGCCCCAUCCCUGACCGCGUCGGCGUCUACUGCAACUACGAGGAGGGAACAUUGUCCUUUUACAACGCCAGAAGCAAGCUUCUCAUCCACACCUUUAGAACUAAGUUCCAGCAGCCUGUCAUUCCUGCUUUUAUGGUGUGGAAUGGCACUUUCACCGUGCACACAGGGCUGCAGGUUCCCAGCAUCGUACAGAGUGGCCAGAAGAGGAACAGUGGCACCAGCAGCUCCAACGCUAGCCUCACCUAGACCCCAAAGAAGCCUCCCCCGCGCCGCACUGCACCGCAGAACCCGUAACCGUGUCCCGGUCCAGAUCCUCAGCACCGGGCAGGCACCGGUCCAGGAGCACAAACUCUUCCCAGCACAUGUACCAUUCAGCAGCAGCAGCAACAGCAGGCGAGGAGACUCCAGUCACUCCAUCUUCAACACCUUCACCUGCUCCACCUGUGGCUGGGGUUUUAGAGGGGUAGUGGAUGGGGCGUAGGGUAGUGAGAGUAGUGCAGUGGUAGUCUCAUUUCAUCCAGCGCAAUGAUCCUCUGUGCCUUUCAGCUCAAUAGAAUGGGCAUUGAGGCCUGCUCAUACGUAAUCAUAUGCUACAAAGAUAGGCGCUGUUGGGGUUUCAAAGAAAAUUGUAUUCAGAUGUAUGUAUGUUCAUGUGUGUGCAAAUGUAUGUAACAAAAGUCUGUGUGUGUGUGUGUGUGUGGUUGUGUGAGUUUGUGUGUAAGGCCAAAUAACUCAUUUUCAAUUUUACAACUGUGUUGAUCAACUGAAGUUAUGUUAACAUUUAAUUGGAAUUUGCACUACUUUUAAAUGCAACUGCAAAGCAUGUUAAUGUAACUUUGUUGUGUCGCACUGUCUGAACCUUCUCGUAGUAUAUAUAUAUAUAUAAAUAAUACACGCUGAAUGUUACGAAUCAUAAGCCUAUAACUGUACCAGCUGCUUUACACUACACUCCAGAACUGUUUUACUGUCAUAGAUAUCAUACCAGGGAGCACAGCUGUCUGCUUGUAUUUAUUCGAGUAGCGUUCAACCUUAAAACUGAAUGUAUUUAUUUCAAUAUUGCCAACACAAAUGCAAAGCAGAUGUGUCGGAGCAGGGCAGUAAGCAGGCAUUUUUUUUUUUAAGUAUAUUUUUUGGGCUUUUUUAUGCCUUUAAUUAGAUAGGAUAGUGGAGAUUGACAGGAAGUGAGUGGGAGAGAGUGUCAGCGUGGGAUCCGGAAAGGACCACGGGGUGGGAAUCGUACCCGGGUCGCCGGCGUACGGUGCAGGUGCCCCAGCCAGUCGCGCCACUGCUGGGGCCAGUAAGCAGGCAUUUUGCCUGUAGUUCAGUUAAGGGCCUUGUGUGUAUAUCAGCUGUAGUGUAGUAUUGCCCCUGUAGCCUCUCUUAUGGAAAACAAGAACCUGUUCAGCAACACUUAAGCCUGCAUCGAGUUCCUCAUGAUAGAUCACGAUGUUACUGUCAGAAUUUGUCAUUCAAAGAAUCCAAAAAAUCUGAAGAUGGUACCCAGUCAAGUCAUAGAAUUUGUUGGGUGUGUCAGCUGACUUUUUUUUUUUUUUUUAAUUUUUUUAUUGUAACAGCGUUCAACUAAAGUUCCCCAAAAAACACAAUAAGAGACGUGCAGUACAGUGUCGGAAAUCCUGCAUCUGUGUAAUUGUUGUGCAUUUUAUACCUAAACCUAAGAAAUGUGUGAGUAACUCUUCAUCUUCUCAGUUUUAGACAGAACUGUGUUGAUCCCAUGAAGGUGUUAUGUAUGCCUUCAAGCUCAAGUUUACUUCAAGAUCAAAGUAAUUUGCAAGCAGAUCUUCAAGGAAGUGUUCACAUUUUUUUCAUGCCUGUUUGUUCAUUGCAGAUGUGUAAUCUAAUGCCAUUCUAACACCUAGAAUGGCAGCAAAGGUGAUUUUCAUAAUUGUACAUUUCCAGUAAUGCAAUGACGAUUGCCAAUAUUGUGUGACCGCUGCAGAGCUUCCCAAACCGCGGAUUUUAAUCUAAUGUCCUCUUGCCAAGGGCCGCAAAUAUCACGUUGUACAGUCUUAAUUUUACACAAUACUUGCCACACUAGUUAAUUCAAUAAAGUCAUUAAGGUGA